AUGAAUCCUCCAACUUCACAAUUACAUUAUGCACAACCACCUUAUCCACCACCAGCCACUGGUUUCCCGGUGCACGACGGCCACCACCAUAAAACCGGCCCCCAAGAAUGGUCCACCGGUCUAUGUGACUGCUUCUCCGACUGCCAAACAUGUUGCAUAACUUAUUGGUGUCCAUGCAUCACCUUUGGUCGAAUUGCUGAGAUUGUUGACAAAGGAACCUCUUCAUGUCUUGUAAGUGGAUCACUCUACACAGUGAUAUGUUGUUUAACUGGUUGUGGAUGUUUAUACUCAUGCAUCUACCGUAACAAGAUGAGACAACAAUACAUGCUCAAAGACACACCAUGUUGUGAUUGCUUAGUUCAUUGGUGUUGUGAAUCGUGUGCAUUGUGUCAAGAAUAUCGUGAGCUUCAAAACCGUGGAUUUGACAUGCAACUAGGGUGGCAUGGAAAUGUUGCACAAGGAAGUAGAGGAGUAGCCAUGGCACCAACAGCUCCAGGAGUUGAAUACAUGACUCGGUGA